AUGUCGAAGACGAGGUAUUCGAAAAUAUCUCAGUAUUUGCAUUUAAAUGAUUCUGCCAAUGCCCCCAACAAAAACGACCCAAACUACGAUCCCCUGCACAAAGUACGUCCCGUGAUAGAUUUACUUGUAAAUAAUUAUAAAACUGUUUAUUUACCUGGGAAAAAUCUCAGUGUAGAUGAAGCCAUGAUAGGCUAUAAGGGCAGAGUACAUUUUCGGCAGUACAUGCCUGCCAAACCUACUAAAUGGUGGAUCAAGGUAUGGGAAGUUUGUGAAUCGGAGACGGGAUACUGUGUAAACUUCGAUGCUUACACAGGUAAGAAGUAUAAUGGGAAAAGACCGCAUGGAUUAGGACAUGAUGUUGUAUGGUCCCUUACACAACCUUUUCACCAUCAGCACCGACACCUCUAUUUCGACCGUUUUUUUCUUCAGUGGCUUUGGCUGAAAAUCUUGCCCGUGUAA